CUUUCUCUGCAAAUCCAACAUGGAGGCUUUAGUUGGUAUUCCAUUCAACGUGUUGGAAAUUCCCAAUUUGAAGCUAAAGAAACCAUCAUGGGUGAAACCACCUUCAGCAAUGGUUGUUUUUGCAUUAGUCCUUCUUUCCUACUUUUUAGUUACUGGAGGUAUUAUCUAUGAUGUUAUUGUUGAGCCGCCAAGUGUUGGAAGUACUACAGACGAGCAUGGACACAGCAAGCCAGUUGCCUUUAUGCCCUAYCGUGUAAAUGGCCAGUACAUCAUGGAAGGUCUUGCAUCAAGCUUUCUGUUCUCCAUGGGUGGAAUUGGCUUCAUUAUUUUAGAUAGAUCCAAUGCCCCRGGAAUGCCUAAACUGAAUCGCUUCCUCCUACUGUUCAUUGGCUUUGUAUGUGUUCUUAUUUCAUUCUUCACUUGCAGAGUAUUUAUGAGAAUGAAGUUGCCAGGAUACUUACAUACCUAACAUGGACAAGACAGACAUAUUUUAUUGCACUAUUGUAACUCAAAUUUUUGUAAUUUAGAAAUAAACUCAAAACCUUUAUGAAAA